CAGAGAUUCUCUUUCCUGAAGAUAUCCUCCAAAAGACAAGAGGAAAGUUUGCCUUUUCUGCUCCCUUCUUGGAAAGAUGCAAAGUGCUUUAGUAGGCUCCUGGCACAACAAUGGCUUCUAUGGGCACUACAGAAGCCAAUUCAAGAGUGAAAGUGCUAGAGAAUACCGCCUUGCAGCCAAGCCCCAGCCUCCAGCAGUGUUCCUGCAGCGAUGUCAGGAGCCAGCGCAGCAACACUUCUUCUCCAAGCACGACAACCGUACUUCCUUUGACAAAGGUCCCUAUUGUCUGCUGCAGGGAAUCAGAAGGCGGAAGGACCUGGAGCGCCUGUGGCAGCAGCACACCUUCCUGCGCUGGGCACCCUGUGAGAUAGAGUUGCGCCAGCAGGGGCCCCUGGAAUCUUCUUACCAGGCCGAUUUCAGACCAGGCCCAGGACUCAGUGGCCUCCCCCAGCGCCUCGUCCACUUUGUGCAGGUCCAGCCUUCCCAUACCGGGACCACCUACCAGCAGAACUUCUGCUGCCCAUCAGGGUGGCCACUAUGGCAGCGACAAGAGGGCCCCAGGCGCCGGUCACUGACGUACUGCCUGACCUCCCAGGGAUCCCAAGACCCAAGCUGCUGCAGCACUACCUUCAUGCUGGGGUCUCUGAGUGUCUGAACUGGUCCAGAGCAUUAAACAAGGA